GUUGCCCACCCGGUUACAUCUCACGGAACCUCGGCCUCAGGCGACGGGGGAGGAAGCAAGCACAGCAAAGGCAGCAUCGUCAGAAGAGACAAGCGGCAAGGGGAGAGGAGUAGACGACUGAGGCUAGAUAGAAGAAGAUCAGGAGCAGGAGCAGGAGCUCCUAUAAGUAGCCCCCUCCCCUUCCCCUCCCCUCUCCCCCUGAUCCACCUCCCCGCCUCAUCCGUUUCCCUCAUCUCUCAGCUCUAGCGCGGCAGAGAGAGCUAGGGAGAGGACCGGGAGUUUGCCGGAGGCGGCGUCUGCACACACGCGCGCGCGCGGAUCAAGCAAGGAGUUUGGUGUUGUGAAUGGUGAAGGGCGAGGCGGAGGCGGAGUGCACGCGGGCGUCGCUGCUGGGGAGGUAUGAGAUCGGGCGCACCCUUGGGGAGGGCAACUUCGGCAAGGUGAAGUACGCGCGCCACAUCGCCACCGGCGCCCACUUCGCCAUCAAGAUCCUCGACCGCAGCAAGAUCCUCUCGCUCCGCAUCAACGACCAGAUAAGGAGGGAGAUCGGGACACUGAAGCUGCUCAAGCACCCGAAUGUCGUCCGCCUGCACGAGGUUGCUGCUAGCAAAACGAAGAUUUACAUGGUGCUUGAGUUCGUCAACGGCGGCGAGCUCUUUGACAAGAUUGCUGUAAAGGGGAAACUGUCUGAACAUGAGGGAAGGAGGCUUUUCCAGCAGCUAAUUGACGGCGUGAGCUAUUGCCAUGAUAAAGGUGUCUACCACAGGGAUCUUAAGCCAGAGAACGUUCUUGUUGAUCGGAAGGGCAACAUCAAGAUCUCCGACUUCGGCCUUAGUGCUCUACCUCAGCAUCUCGGGAAUGAUGGACUUCUGCACACAACAUGUGGCAGCCCCAAUUACAUCGCUCCUGAGGUUUUGCAAAAUAGAGGUUACGAUGGCUCCUUGUCGGAUAUCUGGUCUUGUGGGGUAAUCCUAUAUGUAAUGCUUGUUGGUUACCUUCCCUUCGAUGACAGGAAUCUUGUUGUUCUUUAUCAGAAGAUUUUCAAGGGAGACUGUCAGAUCCCAAAGUGGCUUUCACCUGCUGCACAGGACCUUCUUAGGAAGAUUCUUGAACCAAAUCCGAUGAAAAGGAUCAACAUCACGGGCAUCAAAGAGCAUGAGUGGUUUAAGAAGGACUACGUUCCUGCUGUUCCAUACGAUGACGAUGAAGAUUUACUUCCUAGUUCAGUUCUCCCAAUCAAAGAGCCAAUUGAUGAAUCAGCACAAGAAAAGCCUACUCAUAUCAACGCUUUUCAGCUGAUCGGAAUGGCUUCGUCCCUUGAUCUUUCUGGUUUCUUCGAGGAAGAGGACGUGGCUCAAAGAAAGAUUCGGUUCACAUCAACACAUUCACCCAAGGAUUUAUUUGACAAGAUUGAGAAUGUCGUGACAGAGAUGGGAUUCAAAGUCCAUAGGGGACCAAGGAAGCUCAAAAUAUUGAAAAAUUGCAAAGCUUCCAAGAACUCGAGGAGUCCCGCAUCAUUUUUGGUGUGCAUUGAGGUGUUUGAGCUAGGACCAUCUUUAUAUGUCGUAGAACUGAAGAAAUCCCAUGGAGAUUCUAUAUUGUAUAGACAGCUGUGUGAGAGGCUCUCAGAUGAGCUGGGGGUGUGCAAGACAGAGGAGAUUAUGAGGACAGAAUCGCUGGGUGACUCAGAUAUGUCGAGCCUUGAUGGCGAAGCACUACCUUUGUCUGGUUUCUGAUCAUUGCUUCCCUGCGUGGUUUUGGGCACAGGGGAUGGGGGACAUACUCGUUCCUGAUGUAGUUCUAGAUUAGGAUCAUGUACAAAGCGAGUGGCGCAAAUUAGCCACCAGGUUGAAUAUAUAUAAAUAUAUAAGAAAUGAUUUGUUGUAGCC